GCUGAAGUCCUGCAAGAUCUAUUUGGCGUUGCCUGGUUCCAAAAUUUUGCAGUCAAGACGAAAGCGUAUGCUGCUAUUGCUAGCACCGAUACUACUGCUAAAGACAAGUUCAAGGAUGAUAUCUUUGAAGCCGUUCUUGCAACAGGAUUCCUGUGCAACUAUGAUCAAACGAGAACAGCUCCUCUGAUGCUGGAUCUUCAGACAAACUACUGCAGGGAAGUGGAUUAUUAUCCAAAGACGGUCAGCAAAGCACAAGACAUGUUGAAGAUUCACAUGGAUGUGAUCAAGAAUCCGGGAGUGAACCUUUACCAAGGAAAAGACCAGCCAAAUAAAGGUAAAGGCAAUGGUAAACCAAAGGACGAUAAGCAAAAGGCAGCAUGUUAUGUAUGUGGCAAAGAGGAUCAUAUGUCUCCAAAAUGCCCAGACAGACUGCUACCAGAGAUUCAAUGGAAGCAUCCGAAACACUAUGUUGAUUACGGGAAGAAGCUCAAUCUUAAUCAGAUUGGAGCAACUGUCCCAGCUAGAGUUCCUGGAACUUCUCCAGCAGCAAGUGUUAUCACUGGUACAACAUCGAGUGUUGCGGGAAGUGUUAACACACCUUUGCGACUUGCUGGUACUACAGGAGGUAAUCAAAUGAUACAAGCUCCUACAGGUAAUCAAAUGAUGCAAGUUCUGACAGAAUUCUAA